AUGCAGGAUGAAAGACGAUUUAUACCCGCCAAGACUUCUGACCAGGCCAGAAAGAUCUAUGCACUUUGUAUUGAACAUCUGAAGAAGGAGCAUUUUCAGUUAAGAAAAGACUUGCCAGAUAGAGCAGAACAUCUUGCUUCAGUAAAAGCGCAAGAGAUCCUUAUAAAAGAAGCCAUCGAUUCCAGCAGACUUGAUGAUGCAGCGAUUAAUUUUGUGGAGCUGAUCUGGACUGAAGCACUUGGACUCCUGGAUGACGUGUUGGAUAAAGCAGUAACCAGCAUCAGCCUCAAUGAUGUAAGCAGAGCUGAAGGCAUUCUGCUUUGGAUAAGGAAAGCACUGGAUGACCAUGAAUCACCAGAAAAGCUAUCCACAAUGAUAUUGGAGUUCUAUAAAAUUAUACCCCACAAAAGUGGACUGGAAUAUGAUGUCAACAAGAAGCUGCUAUCUAGUAAACAAGAUUUAUGUCAGCUCAUCAGAGACAUGCUAAAUAUGCAUGAAAUCAACAUGUUAAUCCCUAACACACCAUCAAUUUCAAAAUAUCGGGCUUUGAGAUGCAAGAUAGAUGUGCUUGACCUUGAAGAAUCCUCCAAGGUUAAAACGCAGAUAAAAGAAAACCUCAGUGGAUCUACAAUAGAAGUUCUGGGGAUAUAUAAAGUUCACAGGAUUAUAGAAACAGAAAGUUUUGAGAGUCAUCUUGGCAAUAUUCGGUCCUUGUUCCAUGCUUCAUCAGUUUCCAACAUUGUUGGGAUCCUCUCUCGGGGUCUUCUCCUGCCAAAGAUAGCAACAGAACAUGGCUUGGAAAGAAGUGAUCAGGGGAAUUUGGGCAGUGGUAUUUAUUUCAGUGAGUCUGUAAGCGUAAGCGUGAAAUACGCUCAGCCAAGUAGAACCGACGGAACUCGAAUGCUGCUGAUUUGCGAUGUUGCACUUGGCAAGUGUUACGAUACUCAUUACACAGACAGUUCAUUAACUGCAGCACCGUCAGGCUAUGACAGCGUGCAUGCAGUCUCUAAGAAGGAAGACGAUUAUUCAGAAUUUGAGCAUGAUGAAUUUGCGGUGUACAGAACCAGUCAAGUCAAAAUCAAGUAUGUGGUUCAGUUUUGCCUUGCUGAUGACAAAAUAAAGACGUUCUCACCUGUAAUCCCAACACAUUUUGAAGACCAGGUGCUUUCCCUUGAGCAUCAGCCACAGCCUGAAGACUAUAAAAUACCAAGCCGAGCUCUGCUGGAUGAUAUCACUGCUGGUCUUCAGGACAAAUCUGGAAAUCCAGUUCCUCUUAAAGAUAUUCUUAUCAAGGGACGAAUAAUAGACUUCAUAGCAGAGGUUGUGGUAUUCCAGAUGUAUGAAAAUCAAACAGGCAGUCCCAUUGAAGCCAAAUACGUCUUUCCUUUGGAUGACACAGCUGCUGUCUGUGGAUUUGAGGCUUUCAUUAAAGAGAAACACAUAAUAGGAGAGGUUAAAGAAAAGGAAGAGGCACACCGUGAAUACAGAGAAGCUGUCAGAGAAGGACAUGGCGCUUAUUUGAUGGAUCAGGAUGCACCAGACAUUUUUACUGUUUCUGUUGGAAACUUGCCACCUUCAACUAAGGUCCUCAUCAAAAUCACCUAUAUCACAGAGCUCAGUUACAAGAAUGGAUGCCUUUCAUUUCAUCUACCUGCUGCUGUAGCUCCUUGGCAACAAGACAAAGCAUUAAAUGAAAACACACAGGACUCAGUAAGGAAAGUUUCAGUUAAGCAAGCAGGAAUAAAACCAGGAUCUUUCUCUUUGCAAAUGUCCAUUGAAAUGCCCUUCAAAAUUAAUCAUAUUAACAGUUGGACACAUCAGCUUAAAAUAAAGAGAACAGACUGUAAAGCUGUGGUCUGUACUUUUGCGGAUGCUUUCCUGGACAGCAGUGGCUUUGCCUUGGAAAUUCUGAUAGGUGAUGCAUAUUUGCCUAGAAUGUGGGUAGAAAAGCAUCCAAACAAAGAGAGUGAGGCAUGCAUGCUUGUCUUUCAACCAGAAUUUGGAGCAUCGUUUGACCCCCUAAGCGUCUCUGGUGAAGUGGUUAUCUGUCUGGAUUGCUCCAAUUCCAUGGCAGGCUCAGUCAUUCAACAAGCUAAGCAGAUUGCAUUAUGUGCUGUAGCCUCAUGCCAGUUUUCAACAAAACUAAGUGUUUUCAAAUUUGGCACAAAUUUUGAAGAAUUUCCUUCCCAUCCUAAAGACUUCACAAUGAAUUUUGCAGCUCUGGAAAAAUUUAUUACGUCUGCUACAGCUACAAUGGGAAGCUCAGAUUUAUGGAAGACUUUGCGCUACCUGAAUUUACUGUAUCCUUCUGAAUGCAAGCGCAACAUUUUUCUUAUAUCUGAUGGACAUAUUCAGAAUGAAGGCAUGACUUUGCAGAUGGUGAAGCAAAAUGCACAGCACACUAGAAUAUUCACAUGUGGAAUUGGCCCCACAGCGAAUCGUCAUGUGCUGAGAUCUUUAGCCCAGUAUGGAGCUGGAGCCUUUGAAUAUUUUGACGUAAAAUCAAAGUAUAACUGGAAGAGAAAGGUAAAAAAUCAGACAACUAGAAUGUUUUCCCCAGGAUGUAAUGCCAUUUCCAUUAAAUGGCAUCAGUUUGAUAUGAAAACAGAUGAGCUAAAGCACGCUCCUGCCCAGAUACAGGCUCUGUUUAAUAAUGAGUGUCUUCUAGUCUAUGGAUUUAUUUCCCGCUGUACUCAGGCCACUUUAAAUGCACUAGUGGACAACCAAGAACUGCAGGCAAUGGUAUCUACAACUGAAUUGCAGAAGACAACGGGAACGAUGCUCCACAAACUCGCAGCAAGAGCCUUCAUUAGGGAUCAUGAGCAAGGGAUGAUUGAUGAAAAUGAAACAGAACAUGAGGCAAAGAAACAGCUGUUGAAAUCCUGGAUCAUUCAGCUCAGCCAGGAGAACUCCAUUGUCACCCAAUUUACAAGUUUUGUGGCAAUUGCAAAAAGGGAUGCGAAAGACUACCAACAGGCCGAUACGAUGGAUGUUUUGGAACUUGUAGCCAAGGAGGAUGUAGACAUCUUACCUUAUAUGCAGUAUCUACCAACAACACAAGGAGCUCCUUGCCAGCCUGAUGUAAAUGUGCGCCGAUUAUUUUUUUCUCUGGUAUUGGAUCCAGUACAGAAAGCCAUUGAAUGGGCAAGAAGAACUGACCGAGAAUUUCCAGCUAUUUGCCAGUGCCUUGAACUCGGGAAAGACUGGGAUUCUUUCACUAAGAAGCUGCUGCAUAUUGAAUAA